AUGCAUACGCCAUUCAACCGCCAGUUUCCCUCGCGGUUACUGUCGUGUCUUACGACAUUCUUGCCCGCCGGGGCUCGACCACAUGCUGCCAGGAAAUCCGCUCCGCCCAGCCAUAAGACCGACUCCGACGACUCCUUUGUCCAUGUCGAAGCGCCAACUCCGGAAGAAACAGAAGAACAGCAGCCACAACCAGAAGAACCAGAGCCGGAGCCGGAGCCGGAAGAAGAUCCCCAGAUGGUCCGCGACCUGCUGCGGAAAGAGGCACUCGACAGCCUCGAGACGGUCAUAUGCGCCGAACAAGUCAAGCGACAGUUGAAGGCUAUUGCACAAUGGGUGCAAAUCUGUCGACGUCAUGGGGAGGAUCCGCGGAAGGAUUGGUAUAAUAUGGUUUUCCAGGGGAAUCCUGGGACAGGCAAGAGAACUGUUGCACAAAUCUACUCCAAACUUCUCUACGCCCUCGAUAUCCUGGAUGCCAACGAAUCCCGAAUCAUCUCCGCCACCGAUCUGGUUGCCGAAGGGCCAGGAGCCAUCACCCGUCUGAUACAAGAUAUUGUCGAAGCCGCCCCGCCAGCGGCCCAGACGGCCGGUAUUCUAACCAUCACCGAACCGUACCAACUUACGACCUUCCAAAAAACCCAAGCCGGUCGCCAGGCUCUCGAAUCCCUUAUGCACGGCAUGGAACGCCCUGUGGGCAAGAUCAUCGUCGUGUUCGUCGGUUGCCAAGGAGAGGUGGCCGACUUUCUCCGCCACAACACCCAGCUGCAGCGGAGAAUCUGCUGCUCCAUCAAUUUCGCCGAUCUCGACGAGACUGAACUGCUCCGCAUUGCCGGCGCUGCUCUGACUCAAAAGUAUGGCGGGCGGAUGCGUGUCGAGGGUGGCCUUGAGGGACAGUACAUGCAAGUGGCUGUCCGUCGACUGGCUCAUGGCCGCGUCGAGCGGGGCUUUACCAAUUCCCAUGCCGUCGAGGACCUCCUGGCCAGCAUUUCCCAUCGCCAUGCACGACGUCUGUCUGAGAUCCCCGAUGCUGAGUUGGAUGAAAGCGACUACUUCUUCCUCUCCAAGGAGGAUCUGCUCGGACCUACUCCGGCCCAGAUCAAGGCACGGAGUGAGGCCUGGGUGGCGUUGGAGCAGUUGAUCGGACAAGACAACGCCAAGGCGUCUGUCGCUGAGGUGUUCGACACCGCUGAAGAGAACUACUGGCGUGAGGUUCGGAAUCAACGGCCGUUGCCCCUACGUCUGAACCGGAUCUUCGCUGGACCUCCGGGAACCGGCAAGACUACAGUGGCCAAGCUCUAUGGUCAGGUCUUGGCCGAUCUUGGGCUUCUUAGCAGUGGAGACGCCACUGUCAUAACACCAGCCGGCGUUAAAGGUGGCCAAGGUCUGUCUGACAUCCUCCACUCGACGGUUGGCAAGACUUUGAUCAUCAACGACUCGGCGAUCUCGCCUGGCACCGACCAACAAUUGCAAUCCCGCACCGUCAUUUUGGACGCUCUAUACGCUGAAAUGUCGUCCAGCGACGCCAUCGACCGCUGCGUGAUCUUCACUGGCUCGGAGAGCAACAUCGACGCCAUCUCCCGCCAUGCCGACAAACCUUUCUCGAGCCUCUUCGCGCCUAAAUUCAUCGUGCGCUUUGAGGCCUUCACUCGGCCGCAACUCGAGCAGAUCAUGCAACGGAAGUUGCAAGAGCAGGAUCUCUUUGUGACUCCCGAAGCCAUGCAGACCGCGAUGGAGGCUCUCGAGGCUACGCGGAUGCGCCAGAGUUUCGAAAACGCCCGGGCGAUCGACACUCUUUUGACUUCGGCCAACCGUAACUUUGAGGUGCGGACGGCCCGUGUGGGGACGCCGAUGUUCCAGUCGGAUCGGAUGCUGGAGCCUGAGGAUGUUGCGGCCAAUUCGGGUGACACUAAUGUUAGUGUGAAGAACGCGCUGCAGGAUCUAGUGGCGGACUGCAUUAUCGCUGAUCUGGAGCGGUAUCAGAAGGAGAUUAAGAUCUCGUGGCUUAUGGGACGAGACCCGUGUGAGCGGGUGCCUUGUGCCUUGGUCUUCAAGGGGCCGUGUGGUACUGGCAAGGUCACUGUUGCCAAACAGCUAGCCAAGAUCUACUACGACAUGGGCAUCCUGGAGACGGACCAGCUGGCUGAAUGCUCAGCCACCGACAUCGUGGGCCAACGCCCCGGCGAGACCUCCGCAAAGAGCCGCGCCCAGCUCGACCGCGGCCUGGGCAAGGUACUCCUCGUCGAAGAAGCCCACCGCCUAGUCGAGGGCGAAACCACCGGCGAACUGGUCGACGAAUUCGCCUACCUGCUCCCGAAAUACGCCUCGAAGAUGGUCGUCAUCCUCGCCGGCCCGCAGGCGGAAAUGGACAACCUUCUCUCCAACCGCCACAACCUCUCCAGCCUCUUCCAGGAGGAAAUCAUCUUCAAGAACCGCACUCCCCGCGAGUGCAUCCGCCUCCUGGACCGUCGUCUAGACGAGGAGAAGGUUGGCGGAGCACGGCCCUUCCUCCGCGACCCCCAGUCGCCAGACUACGUCGAGUUCACCCGUGCCUUCCAGAUGCUCAUGCUGUACCCAUGCUGGAGCAACGCGCGGGACGUCAACGUGCUCGCCCGCUGGAUGGUCUCGGAGAGUCUGAAAGAGGUAUCUCUGGAAGCCGCGCAGAGCGGAAACCUCGAACUGUCGAUCACAGCCGACCAAGCCAUGUCCUGCAUGGUGCGGAUGUUCAACGUCAAGCGGGACCGGCUCAAGCUGAACCAGGACACCAAGUCGAAGUCCGUGCCGCGGAUGCUGUCGCAGCCACGCUCGGUUAGCCGGGGGAGCGUACGAUUUCCGUACUGA